GGUAUUUCGUACAUCUUCAAAGACAUUCAGCCGCUUUCUUUUUUUUUCUAUCCGGAUUUGCAAAGAAUUUAUUUAUAACAAAAUAAACUUAUUAAAGUGAUUUAAAGUAAAUUGUUUUUUUACUUUAAACAAACAAUGGGAUGUACUGAGAGUAGGGAUAGUGAAGGAAACACCCGUCCCAAGUACAGGGUGUGUACCGACACUUUUUGGCUUGGAUUGUUCAUUGUCUUUUGGCUUUUUCUGAUUGUAAUAGCAAUAUUCUCAUUUGUUUAUGGCAAUCCAAUUCGUAUCAUCAAUGGCUAUGAUUCGUUUGGUAAUACAUGUGGCCUCAAGACCAACGAACACUUCAAGGACUUCCCUUUAUCCGGUAUGGAUACCUCCAACAAACCCGAUUUGUUCUUUUUCGAUGUCAAGGAAUUACGCAAAUCGUUAAAAAUAUGUGUUAAUCAUUGUCCCAAGAGGAAAAUUGGCAAUUCUAGUGAGCUGUACAAUUAUUACAAAGAUGAAAAUACUCAGUUGUGUCGAUAUGAUUUUAAUAUGAGUAUUCUGAGUCAGAAUUUACAAAGCAAUAAGGAUUACUUUAAUAUUCUUGGACCAUGUCCAACACUUCCGGUUAUAGAAAGCUCUCCAGUUCUUCAUAGAUGUGUUCCUAAAGGUAGUGUUGAAUACACAAAGGAACUUUAUAGUCUUUUGAAUUCAUGGGAUAUUGCUCAACAAUUUCUUGGGGAUAUCUACUCGACAUGGCAUUAUAUAGCUAUAUUAUGUGGAUUUGCAUUGAUUCUUUCAAUUGUUCUUGUUAUCAUGAUGCAUUGGCUAACUAGAAUCGUAUCAUGGUUGAUUUGUAUCCUUGUGGUUGUUGCAAGUACAGCACUUUGUGCUGUUCUUUGGUACGCUUACUACAACAUCAAACACAAGACAGAUCUCAAGAUCCAUUAUUCUAUGCUGGAGGAGUUCAUAAGAAACGAACAGGCUGUUUUUAUUUUAGCUAUUCUCGCUACCAUCACAAUGGUGGUCCUAAUUAUAAUUGUUUAUUACUUGAAAAACAAACUUGCUGGACUUGCAGCUCUCUUUGAGGAAGCUGGAGUUUGUAUGCUUGAGUUGCCUGGUUUAUUGAUUGCACCAUUGAUUGCAUUCGUGGUGCUAAUUGCAUUUUUAACAUUUUGGAUUUAUGUUGUAAUGUGUAUUGCAACGGCAAAUUCACCUGGAAGCACAAUGUUGGAUCCAAAUGCAAAUGUCAUACAUCACAAUACGACUCUGGAAGGUGGCAAAAGCAAUUCCCAAGAUGAUUAUAAAUCACUUCUCAAAGUUGAAUAUGUCGAAGCCAAAUGGAUUCGCAGCAUGUUCUGGAUCUAUAUUGUGGGACUUAUAUGGACAGUAGAAUUCAUAUUCGCUUGUCAACAGUUUGCCUUAGCUGCAGCCGUGGCAUUCUGGUACUUUAAUAAGCCAACGGAUUCACCAACCUGCUAUGCAAUUGGAAAACUAUUGAAGUAUCAUUUGGGUACAGUGGCAAAAGGAUCAUUCAUCAUUACACUUUUUAAAAUUCCAAGACUCAUUUUAACUUAUCUUUAUACAAAAUUGAAAAAGUCCGAAGAUAAGGGAUCUGAAUGUGCUGCAUGCUGCCUAAAAUGCUGCAUCUGUGGUUUUUGGCUACUUGAGAAAUUCAUUAGGUUCCUUAAUCACAAUGCUUAUACUGUUGUGGCAAUUGAGUCUAUUAAUUUCUGUCCAGCUGCUGGAAUUGCAUGGAAUGCAAUGGCAACGAAUGUCAUUCAAGUUGCAACAAUCAACAGCGUUGGAGACUUUGUGCUGUUCUUAGGCAAAUUGGUUGUGGCUGCUGUGACAGCUCUUAUUGGAAUCAUAUUGCUCAAAGAUCGUACUGAUUUAAAUUUCUAUAUUGCACCGGUUAUUAUUAUUGCAGUGUUUGCAUUCUUUAUUGCACACAUUAUUUUGUCAUUGUUUGAGAUGGUUGUGGACACUCUGUUCCUAUGUGUUUGUGAAGAUAAAACAAUCAAUGGCCGCGGUGGUCGUUGGGCACAAGGUAAUCUCGCUAAACUAUUGGGUGAAGAACCUGUUGGACCUGAGGAAGCUCCAAUUCAAGUUGUUGAAAUGACACCAAUUAAUAAGCAGCCAUUCAGUUCGAUGACGCCAGUUCCAACUUUAUAGGAACAACUAGAUGUUUAAGUUUUUUUUUAACUCAUCCCAGUUUUCUUUGUUCAACAGUUGUUAUAGAAGGAGAUUCGCAUGUGGAACUUUUCUUUUUCUUAAGUAAAAAAAUGGAAAUUGUCCAAACGCAUAUUUGUUGAUGUGCUUCUUUUGAUUGAUUUUUUUAUUUAUUUUUGUCCAAUACAACGAUUCUGUUCCUACUGUUUUCGUUUAUGUGAAUCUCCUUGUAAAACAAUUGUCUUUUGGUUGUCCAUCCAUUAUUCAACUGAUUUUUUUUUAUAACAAUUUUGUUUAUUUAUAUAUAAAAUAUCUAAAUGUUUAAGCACAAAAUAAUGAGAUAUAUACAAUACACGAAACGUACAAUUAGCUUUCAUGUUAAACUACAUUAUAUUAUACAAUGAAUAUUUAGUGGCUAUUUUUCUCGAACAAUUUUUAUAAUUAAUAAAU